AUGAGCCAGCCAGUGAACAGCAACGCCUUUUUCAAAAUCCACUGGCUGGGCUUUCGUAUCUGCGGUGGCGAUUUAACCGUCUGUAAAUAUCGCCUGGUCUAUUUGCCGUACGCGCUCAUGGUCACCGCGCUGGUGACUUUUUGCUAUCCGCUGCAUCUGGCAUUGGCGCUUUUCCGCAACGGUUCACUAGCCGGCAAUAUUAAGAAUCUCGCUGUGUGCGUCACCUGUAUCGCCUGUAGCCUGAAAUUCCUGAUUUAUACGCGGAAGUUGCGGAUUAUGCGCGAGAUUGAGCAGACCUUUGCGGAACUGGAUGCGCGCGUGAGCAGCGAGGAAGAACUCAAAUAUUUUGCUUUGAUGCGCACAAGCGUAAGGAAUGUGGUCGCUGUAUUCGUGUGUGCUUAUGCUGCGGUCGGUGUGACGGCAGAGUUGGCAUUCCUCUUAAGCAAGGAACGCAGUCUGUUGUAUCCGGCGUGGUUUCCGUUCGAUUGGCGUGCAUCUACACGAAAUUUCUACGUGGCAAACGUGUAUCAAAUCGUUGGUAUUUGCUAUCAGAUUUUCCAAAACUUUAUUGACGAUACCUUUCCACCCAUAACUUGUUGCCUGCUGUCGGGUCACAUAAAGUUGCUCGGCAUUCGUGUUUCGCGUAUUGGCUAUGAUUGUGUACAUUUGGCGGAUAAUGAGCGGGAGCUGGUGCGUUGUAUCAAGGAUCAGAAGAAUCUAUACAAGCUAUUCGAUCUGCUGCAAGAGGUUAUGUCCUGGCCGAUGUUCAUUCAAUUCACCGUUACCGCCUUCAAUAUCUGCGUGGCCAUGGUCGUGAUGCUGUUCUACGUGGAUACACCAUUCGAGCGUCUAUACUAUCUGGUAUAUUUCAUAUCCAUGCCCCUGCAAAUAUUUCCCAUCUGCUACUAUGGUAGCAGUCUUCAGUUUCUCUUCGGCCAACUACAGUACGAAGUGUUUCGCUGCAAUUGGCCUGAUCAGACCCGGCACUUCAAGAAGCAAAUGAUACUUUUUACGGAACGUGCUUUAAAGACUACCACGGCCUUGGCCGGGGGUAUGGUCAAAAUACAUCUUGACACCUUCUUCGCCACCGUUAAGGGCGCUUAUUCGCUUUUUGCUGUCAUCAUGAAGGUUAAGUAG